CUGCUGCCGCCACCAGCCCCGAGACGCUGUUUACCAUAAUGGCUUUUACGAUCCUCUUCGGCGACAACUAAGCCAGAAACCCCAUGCCCCCCAUUAUUGACGCAUUGCAUAGGUAGGUACUGAUUAAGCCUCACGGUAUGGAGCUAAACUCUGGAGAUGACCUCAUCUCGCUCAAAGAGUCCAUCCGGGGACAUUACUCGCCGUCAAUAGAGAGCCGCUGCUCGACCAUUAACGCAGACCAGUACGCAAGAUGCAACGGCUUGACAAUCGAUAGCCUUCUACUUGACUGGAAACGGCUGGUCGAGGUUGAUCAAGCUAUUAUCUCUACUAUCGCGGACGUCCAAGCGGGACAUCUGAUCGAAGCCCCUCAGCUUCAGGAAUGCAUCUUUCGUGUCAUUAUUCCGACCACGGAGCAAUGGCGGAUGCCGGCCGCGUCCCUGAAAAUACUCCAGCAGGUUUGCCGAAGAUGCAAGGACGAUGAGCUGGCAGACUGGGUUUCGCAGCAGUGCUUUAACGGGACGUUUGCAUGGAGCAGCCUAAAACUGGAAACCCCAGCACUUCGCAGUGACCACGGUACCGAUUGCCGCCGCCUCACAAGGCGAGUCAACACCUUUUUGAAGGAGUCGUUGCCAGACCACCGUCUACCACUUCACCCAGUUGACAUUACACACGGUGAAGGUGUCGAGUUCCCCGGGAUCCUGCUUCAAAGGGAUGCGGAGGAGAUGAAGGCCAUCGAACAUGAGACGCUGGAGGUAACCAAAAAUACACUUGUGUACCUGAUGCAGAGCCUGAAAUCAGGAUUGACGGAUAAAGACCACUGGGACUUUGUUGGGACAGGUUCUCCAUACCAAGGGGUAGGAGCCCUGGAGCACUUGACGCCCCCUUUGAGCCCCCUGGCGGUGGCAUAUCCGGAGUGCUUCGUCCCUGAAGAUGAGACCUGCGAAUUGCCACAGCCUUGUGACCCCAUAUCGACCCCUAGUCAAGACAUUGCGGCGGCCGAAAAAAUAAUAUUCGAGGACGAGGUCGAGUUCUGGGCUAACACCUUGGAAAAUAACGAUUCACCCGGAAGGUACGACGAUAUUGAUAUCUCGGAAAUGAUCAGGGCAGGAGAGUUCCGGCUGCCCAUCCCACCAUCAUCCCCACAACCGGUCCCGCGAGACCUCAAAAUAGACGUGCCCUUGCUUGCACGCAGCGAUGAUGUUGGAAAUGCCUUAGAGUCUGGGGAAGUUCUCGAAGUCGACGACUUGGCAGGGGCAAAGGAGCUGAUAGCGAGCAGCGACACGCUCUCCGGGUCAGAUGGCCCGACGGGUCAACUCGUGUCGGCGUUUCAGAAAAGUGCAGCCACCGUGAUGAGACAUGCGGAACAGGAAAAGCUUCAGCCGCUCGAUGCUACUACUAGAGUUCCCAUUCCAGUCUUGGACUUCACCAUCCCGGUUCCCGAAUGGGAACAGCGCCUCUGGGAGGCUAAGGCAAUGUUUCGGUUGCUCCGUGAAGAGAGCACUGCCGACUGGCAGUGUCCCAAGUGGCCGCACAACAGAGCUGCCGAGCAGAAAAUGGUGUGGGUGCCAAUCGCCCAUAUCAAGGAGAAGAGCUUGGUGUCAGAACAUAUCGAAGUUGACACCGAGGUGCUCGAGGUCUUUCUGAGAAGGAGCGGAGACUGUGAUGUUUUGACCAGCGCGGAUUGUGUCUACAAGGAACCGGGCCCAAUGGUUCUCCGGAUGGGAGAAGAGGAGGAUGACGACGAUGAAGAGUGUUUGAUGCCACUCCACCUGUCCACGCAAACAUCGCCAACCAAUUUCCGAGGCCCCGCCUCGGGAGCGACAACGCCAACUCCCAAAGUAUUAUCGACACCAGCGUUGCAACACAACUCAUCCGUCACUGUAGGUACGACCAUGCCGCCACCGGCAGACUUAACGUCGCUCCUGGGAGGGAGAAAGCGUCUCAUCGAUGAGACCCUCCAUAGGCGGCAGCCCAGCGCGAAGAGAGAUCGGGUAUCGGCAGCCUCCUCGGAUAUAUCCGCGACUGGCAUCAUCGAUGGAGCCCUGAUCCCGUCGACAAAUGUUUUACGGGGCUUCAUGAGCGAAUACACUGAUUUCGCGCCGCUCGUGGACAAUUUCCUCGAGAUGAACUUCCCAAAGAAGCUGAAGCUCACCCACAGCUCUUUUUUCAGUCCGCCCGAUACAACACCAUCUUCAUCUCGCUCAAAAGAGCAAGAGGCAGCAAGGCUAAUGCCUCCCCCUCCCAAGCCCAUCCCCGCCCUCGCUCCACCCAUCCGCCCUCCACCAGUCGCUCCCCGCAUCGUCAUAUCCACCACCGUCUCGAGACCCCUAACCCAACACCUCCAAACCCUCCUCCCCACCAUCGAACUAAUCCCACGCGACUACGCCAAACACCGCCCACCCAACCAGAACCCAGGCUUGCGUCCCCCCGAUCUCGAGGAAGCAGACAUCAUCGUCUCGCCAGCCACGGGCAUCCUGCUCACGACGAUGGUGCAGCUGCGCCAGCGGGCGUUGCCGGGCAGCGGCAGCAACAACAGCAACAGCAGCAGCAACAGCAGCAGCAACAGCGUGGCCGCGACGGGUUUCUGCCGCGUGGUGGGCAACGUCGCGGCGCGCCACGCGCGCGUCGUCGUGCUCGUGUCGGAGGGCAACAGGCACAGCGAGACGGCCGGCCCGCUGUCGCCGUCGGACGCGCGGGCGCUGGCUGAGUUUCAGGGGUUUGCGGCCGGCCUGAAGGCGGCGGAGGUGCGGGUGGUGUACGUGGGUGGUGGGGUGGAGACGCUGGCGAGGUGGGUUGCGGCGAUGGUUUGUGAGUAUGUGGGGGAGGCGGCGGGCGUGGCGGAUAUGUUGCUGCCGGUUGAGACGUUGUGGGAGGUGUUUCUGCGGCGGGCGGGAAUGAAUGUGUUUGCCGCGCAGGUGGUGCUUGGGAGUUUGAAGGUGCCGGACGGACGGCCGGCUGUUGGGGGCGGGGAUGGGCAGAUGUUUGGGCUGCCGCUCUUUGUGUCCAUGUCGAGGGAGCGGAGGGUCGAGCUGUUUGGGGAGGUGCUUGGUGGGAGGGGAGUCCUCGAUCGCGUGAGUGAUGCGCUUGACGAUCCUUGGGGCCAGAGAGCAGUUGAUGGAGGCAGUUUGGACUCCCGGGCGGUACCGAGUUGGGGAGGGUUUUAGGGUGCCAACCCUGGUUGCUCAUUUAGUGGUAUAACCGCACGACGACACUUGCAUGUUGGAAAUGAUUGCUUCUCUGGAGAUAAACGUCGCUCUGGAAACCUUAGCGGUUAGCUGUUAGCAUUGAGCACCAGACUGAAUGUUCGAUUGUCCUCAACUUA